AGCUCAGGCACCGCCCCGCGUCUCCAGAAUAUGGCAAGGCUGCCUUGGUAAACGAUUGCUAUGACUGAUUUGACUCAAGUAAGAGAGGAGAGCGACGAUCUGCAUUAACAGAGCUUCCAAGAUGAGAAAAAUCAAGGGAAGACUUUUCUUGUUGGUUGGAGCCAUCUGCCUGCUGGCUUUCCCUUUCUUUAGGUACUCUGAUUAUCAGAAAUCUUUCCGGAAGAACACUGACGAGAAUAACAGACAAAAAAAGACACUCAACAAAAACAUCUCUUACGUGCACUCUUGGGGAAAAUGUCGGCAAAAUCUGACUGCAGCCAACAUCACAGGCUUCUCAAAUCUUCCUGAGAAUAUCAAAGACUUUCUCUUCUAUCGUCACUGUCGGCAUUUCCCCAUGCUGCUGGACCUCCCUGAUAAAUGUGGAGGAGCCGAGAAAUCGGGAGACGUCUUCCUUCUGCUGGUCAUCAAGAGCUCCCCGGCCAACUACGAACGGCGGGAGGUGCUGCGGAAAACAUGGGGUAAAGAGAGGUCAUACAACGGCAUGCCGAUUCGAAGGAUCUUCAUUUCCGGAGUUUCAGGUGACAGUUAUGAAAAAGAAAGACUGAACAAUCUCCUGAAGCUGGAGCAAGAGGAGCACAGAGAUAUCCUCCAGUGGGACUUCAGUGACACGUUUUACAACCUCACUUUGAAGCAAAUACUCUUCCUGGAAUGGAUGGAGAGAAACUGUCCGAAUGCUCGCUUCCUCCUGAAUGGGGACGACGACGUGUUUGCCCACACAAACAACAUGGUUGUGUAUCUGCAGAGCCUCAAAGAAAAUAAGGGGAGCAAGCAUCUCUUCACUGGUCAUCUGAUCCAGAAUGUGGGGCCCAUCAGAGCAACGGGGAGCAAAUAUUUUGUCCCAGUUCAGGUACAGGAAUCAAACUCGUACCCUCCGUAUUGUGGCGGAGGGGGCUUCCUUCUGUCAGGAUAUACAGCAAUGCUUAUAUACCGCAUGUCCAAAUCCAUACCCAUUCUUCCCAUCGAUGAUGUUUACAUGGGGAUGUGUCUGGCCAAAGCCGGACUUGGCCCGUCCUCACACAUGGGCGUGAAGACAGCGGGGCUGCACAUUCCCUCCAACAAAGUAGACAAAUUCAGCCCGUGCUUCUAUAAAGAUGUUUUGCUGGUGCACAGAUUCCUCCCGGCUCAGAUGUACCUGAUGUGGCACAGCACACAGAACCCAGAACUAAAAUGUGACGACGCUUAGAAAAGACGUAACAAAACUGAACAAUGUCUCAUUUAGGAGGGUGGAGCUUAUAAAGUCUACACCACCUCAAAUGACCAUGCAAUGUUUCUGCAUGGACAGAAACAUUGCACUGGCACUGACUACUGGAUCAUUUCUAUCCGUGUGUCAAGUGGAUUAAAACAUUGUUUUUUCUUAGUUUCCUAAUGGAUGUUAUUUCAGUAAUUCAUUAAGAUUCUGGACAAGUUUCUCAGGGAUUGCUUUGUAGGUUCUAUGCACUUGUUAUUUAGAUCUUGUUAGCUGAGUGAUACCAGAUAGUUUGAGACCAACAAUAAAUCUUAAAACCACACAUUAUAAAAUGCAAAUAGAAAAAGUUUAAAGCAUAGGAAUGAAGCAAUAGGUGAUUCUCACUUAAAUGCUUUUGAAUAUUACAAUGUUUAAACACUGACCUUUAUGCACCUUAGCUGUAUAAAGGUCGGGUUUUAAAGGAAACAUCCACCUUUCUUUAUCUUGUUUGUAACAAUUCAA